AUGUCUGUAAACACUAAAGUACCACAGGUCGAUUUACGAUUCUAUGAACGUUCGACCACUAUAGCAUACAUUGAUGCCAUUAGACAAUCUUUAAUACACGAUCUUGCAUCUACCAACCCCAAUUUCAAAACUGUCACUUCAAGGGAACUCUCAAUAUUCCUUGGCAGACUUCAAAUAUUCCAAGAGGAAAAGCUUGGAACAAAGUUAAAUGUUCCUAAAAAAUCCAUGUUACCGACAAAAAUACCUUCAAAAUUAUUCAAGGUUGAAGCAACGCUCACCAAUGAAUCACCCAUAUAUUACCUUCUCCAAUCAGCCUACAUGUACAAAAUUUCCAAAAAAUGGAAAAAAUGGAAUUGGGAUCACAAUGUAAAGGACAUGAUCGAGAUGGUUUCAAUCGUUAGAAAUUAUUUAAUAGAAAAAGGGAUCAUUAAAAACCCUGUUGUCAUGUUUAAUCAAUCGCUUGUUGUAAAACGAAUUAGAGAAUUAAAAAAAAUUGUUAAAAAAUUGGGUGGUCGAGUCACUGAUAAAUUGGAUGAGGCUACUCAUAUAAUUCAUGAAUCAAAUGAUAAUGACUAUCAGGAUGAAGAUUGGUUUAGAACAUUAGAAAAGAAGGAUGGAAAGGUACUUGUUCAUUGGUGGUAUUAUCCUGACUCAUAUGAUACAUGGGUUGAGGAAACUUCUGAUCAUGCUGAUCCAGAACCACCACCAAUAAAUAAUGGUCCUUGGAAUGUUGGUGAUCGGCAGGAAGAUGAGGAGGAGGUUGAGGUUGAAGAUGAAGAUGAGGUUGAAAGUGUAAAAAUGAAGAAAUCUCACAUUCAAGAAUUACUUAGAACAUUUCAACAACAAAAAAAACAUAAAUUAGAUGAUGAGGUUCAAGAAACUAGCACCGUCAAUAAAACAGAAGCUAUCCAACCAGUGCCAUCUUCAAAACGUCCUAGAAUAAGAUCACCCGAACCUAAAACCAUAUCUAAAAUAUCGUUUAUUGACAUUGAAGAAGAAGCAUUAUCUCUAGAUUUAUCUCGCCAGAAAAGAAAUGAACUUGACCCAAUUCUGAAUGGAGAUGUUGGAAAUAUUUCAUAUACAUUUGCUGAUAAUAAAACAGAACAUGUGAUAUAUGGACAACAUUCGCAUAAUAUUGAUGACAAGUUACAAAAUUCCAUUAAAAUAACAGAAAUAAACAAUACUGAAAAUAGCGAAAAGACAAAUUUAACUCAAGGUGAAGAAGCCAUGAAGAAGCUUUACGAAGAAGCUCGUGAAAUUUUAUCAGAGUAUAAACGUGAAGUCAUAGUACCUUCAUAUUCAGAAUGGUUUGACUCCAACAAAAUUCAUGAUAUUGAAAAGGAUGCUAUGAUGGAAUUCUUUAACAAUAAAAAUAAAACAAAAACUUCCGAAACAUACAAGAAAUCCAGAGAUUUUAUGAUUAAUACUUAUCACCUUAACCCUAGAGAAUAUUUAACGAUUACUACGUGUUGUAAAAACUUACCUAUCGAUGUUCGUGAAAUAAUUCAUUUACAUGCUUUUUUGGAACAAUGGGGAUUGAUUAAUUAUCAGGUUGAUUCAAGCGCAUCAAGUUUAUCUAUUAGACCUUUAUUUACCAAAAACUUCAAUAUUAAAACCGACACACCUAAUAACGGUCUUCAGGACGCGAUUACUCAAGACCUAUCAAAUGGCAGAAAAAAUAUUGGAAUUUCAGAUUCGCCUUGCAAUUCCAACAUAUUCUCAAUUGCUCAAAACAUUUAUCAACCCAAAAUUAAUAUUACUGAAACAAAGAAUAUAUUUGAUAAAGGAAAGAAACCAAAAAUUCAUACUGAUGAACAAAAAUCAACUAGAUGUUCUGUUUGUUCAACAAAUUUUACAGAUGUUAGAUAUCGUUCUUUGAAAGAACAAGAGUUUGAAUUGUGUUCUGAUUGCUACUUAGAAGGACGUUAUCCUGUAACAAUGUUUAGUGGUGAUUUUGUAAGACUUGAGGAUCUUGAAUUCAGUAAAUACAAAGAUAAUGAUUGGACAGUUGGUGAAACUUUAUCUCUUAUUGAAGGCGUAGAGUUGUUUGGAGAUGAUUGGAAUAUGGUAUCAAUGCAUGUUCAUACACGAUCAAAAGAACAAUGUAUCUCUCACUUUCUUGAACUGCCAAUUGAGGAUCCAUUAAAGUUUACUAAAGAUCCAAACACACAAUCUUCAUCUUCACAUGAUUACAUACCAUUCAUUCAAACAGAUAAUCCAAUAAUGACCAUGGUAACAACGUUGGCUUCAGCAGUUAAUCCCGGUGUAGCAGCAGCAGCAGCAAAAUCUUCAAUAAAAGAUCUGAACUUAUAUAUGAAAUUGCCAGACAAUGAAAAGUCAAGUGACAUUAAUAACAUCAAUACUGCUGAUAAUUCAUUAAAACUGCCUUUAGAUAAUAAUAAAUCAGACGACACUGAUAAUUCUGAGGAACAAAGGGGCAUAGCAGAGAAAGUAAUAAAAAAUGCAUUUGAUUCUGCAGCUGCCAAGGCUAUGUCGUUGGCCGAAUAUGAAGAGAGAGAAAUUUAUCGUCUAAUUAAUGCAAUAAUUGACAGUCAACACAGAAAACUUGAACUUAAACUUCAGCAAAUUCAAGAAUUGGACAGUUUUGUUGAAGCAGAGAAAAGGGAAAUUCAGCGACAUAUAAAUUCUUUGACUUAUGAGCAAAAUCAAUACCAAAAAGAGGUACUCACACUGAGAGAACAAUUUAAUACAAGUAAUAACAAUAUCAUGAGUAACAACUAG